AUGUGUGGUGGUGUGGUGGAGGUCAAGUCGGUUGAGCAGCUGCAGGAUGAGCUGCUGAAGCGUGGGCUCGCCAAGUCACUUUACGUGCAUGUUAUGGUUCCCACGGCGCCCCACGCGGGCUUCUUGCCUGCUCUGUGCACGGCAUCUGACAACACCGAUGGCUCAGUUGAGCUUUUGCGGAAAAUGAUGGAGGUGGACGAGGCUUUGCAUGGAGCUGGUGGUGUGGCCAUGGGCCAUUGUGGCGACGCAGACAAGGGUACGCUGGCGGGCAAGGUGCUUUGGUGUCAUGGGGUUUGCAGCCUGCGUUGGGCUCCAUCUAACAAUGUUGAUUGCCUGCGGUAUAUUGGCGAUUUGCAGCAAGACGAGAACGGGCGGUUGAAGUGCCUGAUGCCUCACGCCCUUACACAUUCAGCCAAUGCGCUAUGGGAGACCAACAACAUCGUGCCGUCGGUAUACAUGCUGCCAGGGCGAGAUGACCCCUCUGGGGGACAGUACAUCAUGCAUGAGGAUGAUAAGGUAUCCCUGCGGGACUACUGCGAGACACACAAGUUCGUUUUGGACGAGAAGGGUGCUGGUUGGAGAGGGAACCGGGCUGUGCAGGCUCCGAUUCAGGCGUCCUUGGCACCGGGGGGGCUCAUGUCCACACCUAAACCAGGGCAGCCUCGCCAACGCAAGCUCGAGUUGCGUGUUGACUCUGCUGCCCGUGGAGAUGUUGCCGCGGCGCUGGGUCAGCAGACUAAGUCUGGUCGCAAAGUACAGCCUACCCUACCAGGAGGGCACUUGGUGAGGAUUGAAAC